AUGACUGUUGUGGCUCCUAUAGAGAUCUCUGUCUUCUCCGACUUGGUGAACAAAGCAAGGGUGGUGGAGGAGUAUGACAAGACCGUCACGGCAUCCAAGGACACUCAUGGAGGGAGCUCUAGUCGUGGGCGUGGCAAGUACUUUCAUCCGAAAGGACAAAGCUUCAAAAGAGGAGGAUAUGCACCUCAAGGUCAAAGGGGCUUCAGAAGGAACAAUCAGAAUCAGUUUAAGUAUGCUAAGGGGAGAGGAAAUCAGAGUGAGAAUUUUCCGGACUUGACUUAUGUGCGUUGUGGGCGUUUCCACCCUUAUGACUCAUGCAAGAUUGAUUUAGGUGGUUGCUUCCAUUGUGGGUUACCUGACCACAUUGCGAGGGAUUGCACUCAUGGGAGGAAUCAGAAUGCGGGCCAGAGUCAACAUCAAGGUCGAGUCUUUGCUGUGAAUGCCAAGGAUGCUUCCAGGGAGGAUCCAUUGAUGAGAGGUAUAUGUCUAAUUGGUGAUAAGUCCUUAGUUGCAUUAUAUGAUACUGGAGCUUCGCAUUCGUUUAUCUCGUUUACUAAAGUUAAGGAAUUAAGUUUGAAACUGUCAGAGUUACCUUUUAAUCUGCAUGUACAUACUCCACAUCAGAUAGUUAUGACUAGAUAA